AUGCAAUCUGCCAGCGAACAACUACAAAACGUUCCACAGCCGAGUCCACAAAUUUUUAAUCCUUCCGUAUCCGAACCUAACCAACCUUUUUCACAACCACCAUACGACCAAAUGCAAAACAUUCCAGGCGCCGCACAGUCACAAACGUUCAAUCCCGCAUCCUCAGAACCUUGUUGCCACCAGCCUGGUCAGUCACAAACCAUGCCGCAAACCAUGCUCCAAUCCAGUAAUCUUCCUAUGGGAUCUGGGCUUGGACAGCAAUCCCAAUUUUUCCCACAACCAUCCUAUGUAGGACAGCAGAACAUUGCACAACCAUCACCGCAGUCCAGCUACGGUAGACCUGGAUAUGGUAGCCCAGUGAUUCAUAGAACGGUUGUCAGAUAUUCGCUUAAAAAUAAAAAGUGGAGAAGCGUUCAUUAG